CUCGUUCGGAUGUGUUUUACGCGGUGUCCUGUCUCAAGUCUCAAGCGGUGCGAUUUGAAGCAUCUCCGGAGUGCUGUUUUUCAGGCUGCCUAGAGUUUUUCCAAUUGCCCCCCUUUUGGAAGGAACUCGACUUCGAAGGUAUAGUAUUAGCCUCUUACGGGGGGAUUUUAACGAUGUCAUGAAUCGCGUGUGAAAGCGGCCAAGUGGAACCGUUCCCUCGACGUCUAAUGAGGCGUAACGCCCUUUGAGAGGGCUCUUAAAGUGCGAUUCCCAGACUGAUAUGCGGAUCGAGAGCGGAAUGAUGAAGGAUUAGCUAUUCCUAGAAAACGAGAAGAACGUGUUGUGUGAGGGAAGGGGGGUGAGGAGUGUUCGGGUGGAAGGCUCAAAAAGGAUGUUUCCCACGAAAUACACUGCUGAUUAGUAACGAUUGGCCUGACAGGUGAUGCGAAAAGGGCAAAUAAAGAAGCGAAAUUGAUGAGUUUUUGGAUGGGAGCUUUUUGGGAAACGUGAUUUGCAUGUGACGCAAAAUAAACCUCCGAAAGCGAAAAUCGGAGUGUGACGUGUGAUGUGCGCUUGAAUCUAAAGUGAAAACAACUCAGUGAGAUCAGAAGAUUGAGAGAAGAAAAGGGACCGGAGAACGGAUAUUCAAAGGGUUGGGAAAAAACUUUCAAGUUUCGACCCCAACGAAAAGCACUGGCAACGAGUGGCACGAGUGCUGAUACUGACCUGGCAGCUGGUAACGUGAAUUGUCCUUGUGCAAAACAUAAGAGAAGAAGAGACAUUGCAGGCCUCUGGAACGUUAACAAGAUCGCUUCAACCAGGGUGCAAACGCACGAACCACUCCAACUGAACCAUUAUCAUCAUCGUCAAACACGAAAAGCAACUUGAGCCGUAAGAAAUUGGAACUGCCACUUGCAAUCGACGAACAAUCGUCUGAACUCUGAACUGAAAUAAAAGACGGGAAAAAGCAAAACAAAGACCAUUUUCCAAACCCAAACUGCCGGGGAGACAUUUCCCAGUAAGUGGACGACGACGUGCCACGAAGUUCGGUUGAUUAUUUUUUAAUUCGAUCGACCUCGGGUGCCCCAGUCACCUGAAACUACGAGCACACUAGUCUGAACUUUGACACCAGGUGGAACUUUUGGUGGAAAACAAAAUCAAAGCUGAUACGUGAGCCUGAAAAAUUCAUAAAGUUUGGUGCACGCGCGGAACUUUUCGUUUCCAUUGGAGAAACUAGAGACAAAGAAGCUUUCGAAGGCUGGCUCAAAGAAUAGAGAAGAGUGGUGCGUUGGAUAAGUUCGUUUUCCAAGAUUUUUGUUUUCAGUAAAGUGAAAAUUGAUACUUAAGUGAGGAACACGGAACAAGUUCGAGGAGGGCUCGUGAAUGCGUGUACAAUUUCAGACGUGAGAAUAGUCUGCGGCAGGUUUCUUUUUUUUUUUUCGUUCGGCAGAGUAAACAAACACGUGCACAUAAUUGGGGGAAAGUGAUUUCGGUUCGGUUCGUGAGGUGUUGGGACCCCCAAAUAAAAAUGAAACAAUGGCAGCGUGAAACGAGGGAGAAAUAAAGUAAUUAUAUUUGUGCCGACCCAACCAUUAUUCCCACCUUGUUUCUAUUAGCUGUCAAGGGUGGAAAGUUUAGCCAAACACGUACCUUAAUUCGGUCGAACGGCGGGAGGUGCGAGAAAAUUUCCCUCGAGACGCACGCUAUCGGAAUUCGGGACGGCUAAUAACCGAGUUUUCCGCUGUGAGGAAGUGUGCGUGAAAUAGAUGAGUGGCUGUUGGGAAACUUUCACAGAGGGAAAACAAUUUGGCAAACUUGUGGCCAUGAUAAAGGACUGUUUCUCACGGUAGAAGACGACGGCGCAACAAAAAGACGCUUGCCCAAGGGACCAAACUGAAGACGACGACGACUUCCUAUAUGUCGAAUGCAUGAAACAUAAUGGAUUACCUGGGCGACUUAAAAUGGACCUCCAUAGACGCUUGAAGGUCUUCCGGGUCGUCGCCUUAACAUGGGUAUGCUUCAUUGCCAUAUACUGUGUUAAACUGACGGAGGCGAAAAUAGGAUACUUCUGGCACAUAACGGAUUUACAUUUCGACUCGUACUACAGCACUAAAGGAGACAUACUAAGAAGUUGCUGGGCAAACGAGUUCAGCUCGUCCUCCAGCAAUACUAAGAAGCCCGGCCCGUUCGGCGACUACAUGUGCGACAGUCCAUGGAGCCUGCUGGAGUCCGCAUCACAAGCCAUGAAAUCCAAACAAGGCGAUAACGUUGAAUUUGUGCUCUGGACGGGCGAUGGCCUUUCCCACGGAGCCAAACGACUGCACGAAGCGGCUAGGAUGGAGCUGCUUCGAAACGUCACCGAAUUGCUGAGUCGCACCUUCCCGUCGCAGUUCGUCUUCCCGGUGGUCGGUCACGACGAUGGCACGCUGAACUUUGGCCAACUCGGUGAACUGUGGCGGCACUGGCUGCCGUCGGAGGCUUUGCAGACCUUCGAGAAAGGUGGCUACUACUCGAUCGAACAAAAGCGCAGCAAUCUGCGGAUAAUAGCUUUAAACACAAACUUCAUGCGCCACGACCCGAAGUACUCGCAGUCGCACUCGUCAGCGGUCAAACAGCGUCCGGACGGGUCGAUUCAUUACGCCGGAGGCAUCGGGGGUCACGGGUAUGACCGGGAUCACCACAUAAACCUCGGCAAACACUACCACCGGGACUACAGCAGCCCCGGAGGAAUGGUGGUGGGGAGCCCUCACGGCUACCCAGUGUACAGUGAUAGGAGAAUUAGCGGCAGUUACAGCAGUGGUGGCGGCGGUGGAAGCAGCAGUAGUAUAGCGGACGGUAGUAGUGGUAGUAGCAGUAGCGGUGGUCACGCCAGUGCAUUAUCGGGAUCAAGCAGCCACGAGUCGGAGAAGCAGUGGACGUGGCUCGAGAGCGUACUCGCGCAGUCGAAGGAUAGUAAGAAAUUUGUAUAUAUAGUAGGACAUAUACCACCUGGUUCGGACGAGCGGCACAUUGGCCACAUGCCGUACGGACACACGAGUUUCACCGAGAAGAACAACCUGCGCUAUCUGCGGCUGGUGAAAAAGUACUCGGAGAUCAUUCAGGGACAGUUUUUCGGUCAUCUGCAUUCGGACUCGUUCCGGGUGGUUUACAGCGAUAGCGGAAAACCGAUUUCGUGGAUGAUGAUUGCGCCCUCGAUUACACCCCGGAAGAUGUCCGAGUCGAACAACCCGGCCAUGAGGUUGUACAAAUUUGACACCGAUACGGGACAGGUAUUGGACUACACGCAGUACUACCUGGAUCUGGAGCAGGCGAAUCAACUGGGAGAAGCGGUGUGGCAACCGGAGUACAACCUGACGACGUAUUACUACGGUCUCGGGGAGGUUUCAUCGGUGGCGCUACACAACCUGGCCGACCGGUUCACCAAUGCGGACGAUACGCAGUUUGCCAAGUACUACCGCGCCAACUCGGUCCGCCACUCGACGCAGACCUGCGAGGGCUCCUGCCUGCUCAAUCACUACUGUGCCAUAACGCGAUUGGAUUACCGCGAGUUACGCAGCUGUCUGGAAACGGCCGCCAAGGCGAUGGCCUCGAAAAAUGGCUCGACAAGUGCGCACGGAAUCGGACUGGUUCCACUGAUGGCCACACUGGCGCUACUGAUUGGGGCCUAUUGUGCCAGUGCUAGUGGUGGUGACAACAGAGUUCGUUAUGCUAUCUCCGGAUUGGGACUUUUGUGCGACAUCGGGAAGCUUCUGAUCGGGAAUGUGUGUGUUGUGGCCGUUUUACUGUGCGGUUGUGCAUCUUUGCUGUUGGGAUCGUCGCUUACCGUUGUUCCGGUGUCAGUGAGAUCAAAGUGAGAGGAUUGCGCGUGGUUAUCAAUUUUCGAUCAUUUAAGCUUUUUUUGGUACCCAGACUAAUGUCAGAGUGUAUUUCUCCACGAUGUAAAAAGCGGUCAAAAGAAACACCCAAUAGUUUACAUAUUCAUUAAAUUUAUUGAUUUUCCGAUUACCACAUCCGGUGAUCUGCUGCUGCUGCUACUGGUUCACUUCGUCCCAAAAAACAAAUUACGUAUGAGAGCUACACGUGCGGUAGGAAGUCUUCAAUUAGCUUAUUGAGUAAAGCUUCGGAUUGGCAAUCCGAAGACGACGGGUUCGAUUAUUGUACGUUCGAGGAGUUUUUGCUUGCCACUCAGUAUGUAGAUUCAUGCAAUGGACCGGUAUACGUCAUCAAUUGAUAACUAAAUUCCUAGAAUCAAGUAACAGAGACAAGCAAAGCUCCAGUGGGGACGUAGAAACAUGAAGAAGAAUCUCUACACACGCGUCGGGGGAUAGUGCUUCGAAAACAAUGUUAUUCUAGACUGGUUCAUCCUAGCAAAAGUUCUUUCGAAAAAAUAGGUUCAAUCGACGAAAAAUAAAACUUUGUAUCAAUCUAAUAAUUUCUUCGAAAAAAAUAAACCGGUAAAACAACGGAAAAAGCCUCCAUGGCCUUUCACUAAAUUGUGCCGCAAAAAAAAAGAGAUCGAACGAAAUAAAAGCCGCAAAGCUGGUGAACAAUGGAAAGUGCUAGCAAAUUUAUGUCACCAAAUUAUUUUUUACUCCUACCUACAUCGAGAGUCCCACGAG